AUGAAAGAUGAAACUGACGUCCAUAGUUUCGUAGAAGUCCUUCUGGGCGAGCGGCUGGUCCUCAGGGAACAUCAUUCGCUGAAAAUAGAUUCAAUAGAAAUUGAACAUGAAGAUCAGGGAAAAAAGUAUACUCUAAUUGGCGAAACUUGGAAAAAAGGCGGCGCGUUUAAUGUCCUUUCAAAUUUUCUCACUUUCUUAUAAGGCCCACGAUCAUUGUUUCUGCUCACUGUAGGCUCUGCAACGGUCAACUUCCUCGAGUCAUCUAGUUCCCCAGGGGCUCAUCACCUAAAUAGGAAAAGUUUUCACAGCAUUUUUAUUAUUUCUUACAAGAGAUGACGGAAAAGUUGACUCCGCCGCAUGCGACGUUAUGUCUUCAAAUCCAAACUCUGCUAUCUCUGUUUUCUGGAACAAACUUGGUAUAAAAUGAAGACCAAUCCAAGCCCAAUGGACUUACUAUUCCUCAAAGACCAAUAAAGUCAUCAUGUUCUUUUUCGUUUUUCUCGGCAGGCGUUUCUUCCUUCGGGCUUGUCUAAUUAUCCUGCUUUCUUAACUCUUGCAUAGAGCCCGAAUCUUCAGUGGGAGGAGGAGUUUGCAUGGAACCCUUCGAAAAAGCAUCAGAAUCCGCCGUAUAGCCCAAACCACUAGACGACUGCUCCUUUUCUUUCUUCCUAGAUCGUGGAGGUAUAGAUUCCUCUGCGUUAAGAUCGAUCCAGCACUUUUCCGGCGUUUGAGCCAUAGAGUUUUCAGCGUCCGUACCAAAAGUGCCAUGUGUUCUGUUUUCGAGCGUUUGUUUGGGAUUGGUGACCCUCAAAGUUUUUCAAGGUUUUGUUCGAGGCUUUCCUGAGCCACUAUCCACUAUCCAUUUUGCAGUGAGGCCGGCCGCCGCCGCUAUUUUCUGGCGGAUUUCCUCGGCGAAACUUCUGAAAAUUUUGCACUUGUGA